AUGUUCUCCAAGAUCGUCUCCGCUACUCUUCUCCUCGCUGCCACUGUCUCCGCAGCACCCGCCUCCAAGACUGUCCGCUCAACCCCUGACAAGACCGUCACUCUUACCGGAGUAACCCACUCCGUCAACGCCGGCCUCGGCGGUCUUCGCUUCGACCCCGACAACGUCGUCGCUGAAGUCGGCGACGUUGUCGAGUGGCACUUCCUUCCCAAGAACCACACCGUCGCCCAGUCCAGCUUCGGUGAGCCCUGCGAGCCUCUCGCCGACGGCAGCGGUUUCUUCGCCGGCUUCAAUUUCCCUACCCAGGAGGGCCAGGCUCCUGAUGUCUUCCAGAUUGUGGUUGAGGACUCCAAGCCCAUCUGGUACUACUGUGCUCAGCAGAUGGGUAACCACUGCCAAAAUGGCAUGGUUGGUGUAAUCAACCAGAACUUUGAUAACCAGGACUUCAGCCUCCGUAGACACAAGGAGCUUGCCGCUGAGACUGUCAAGUCGGUCAUCCCCCCAGUUCAGCAGGGUGGAAAGGUCAUUCCCAACCCCAACCCCAACGGUGGCUUCUAA